AUGGGGUCACUGGAUAGUGUAAGUUUAAAUGAAUUGCCAUCGAUUAUGGUGGUAGCACUAGCAACCUACAUCGCCUAUUUCUAUUAUAAGUAUCUCACCCGCGAGAAUCCUUUGCCAGGUCCCUUACCACUACCACUUAUCGGAAACCUUCAUUAUGUACUUAAAAAUGGAAUUAUUCACACAAUGUGUAAUCUACGCGAAGAAUACGGCGAAUUCUUCGAACUCUACCUGGGAGGCGAGCGUCACAUCUGUUUGAGCAAUGAAGAGAUGGCGAAAGACACGAUGACACCGAAAGUUCAUAGCAAUUUUCACCAACGUGUAGAUGAAAACUGUGGAUUGAGUGAAAUAGGAAUGCUCAAUAGAGGAAUCGUUUUUAAUAUAAGUUAUAAUGAUUGGCAAUAUAAUCGCAAGUUUUUCUCAAAAGCUUUGUUAUCCCCGUCAUUCCCCAAGCAUGCAGUGGCCGCCGUGCAAACCGGGUUCGUGGAGAUGUGCGGAUAUUGGGAUCAAUUAGGGGAAGAAUCGGUCAUAGAUUUUUCAAUAUGGAUGAGAAGAUAUUUUAUGGACAUCAUCGCGAUAACUAGCAGCAGCAAAUCCACCUACGCAUUGGCCAGUUUUUAUAAUCAAGUGAACAAGAAAGCUAAUGUGAUCAUACCUUCCCCUGGAGAAAGUGAAAAGUUUAUAAACGCGAUUGAUUUCGUAAAAGUCAUACUGGAAUGGUUCAUCUUUUUCCCUGCAUAUAUACGUAACUUUCCGGGGCCUAAUUUGCUCUCCAAAAAAUACAAACGGACAUUCAGUUGGUUAGACGAUUAUAUUCUUAAAGCAGUCGAAGUUAGGCGAGCAGAAAUUGAUGCAACACCCGAAGGUCGGCCUCUUACCCCGGAUAUAUUAACAAUGUUUCUGACCGUUAACACGAAAAAAGACAUCACCGAAGGAAUUUCCGAUGAUGCUCACGAUAGACCGAUGACAAAUGAAGAAGUUGUUGGGAAUUAUUUUGAAGUCAUGGCUGGCGGGAUUAACAGCGGGUCAAGUACCAUCUGCUUUUUGGUUUACUAUGUAUCUCAUUAUCCCGAAGUUAAACAAAAGUUGUUGAAAGAGUUCGAAACGGUCAUCGGAAGAAACCUCGAUACUCAAAUUACAAUUGAUCAUCUUGAUAUGCUUGAAUACACGGAGGCUGUUAUUAAAGAAGCCUAUCGAUUGUUCACCACUGUCCCCAUUUUAAUAAAGAGAAACGAAAAUCCAGCUAAGCUCGGUGAUAUCGCGUUCCCGCCCAACUCAACAUUUCUUAUAGACCUUCAGGCUCUUCAUAAGCACAAAUCUCUAUGGUCCAACCCCGAAAAAUUCGAUCCUGAUCGAUUUUUGAAGUCAAGUCCAGAGAGCAAAAAUUCUUUCUAUAUGUUUGGUUCGGGCUCGAGAAUGUGCCCCGGAAGAGAUCUAGCGAUGAUAGAACUCAAGGCCACAUUGCUUUUGCUUUAUUCGAGGUAUGAUGUAGAGCCUGUGGAUAUGAAAGAGCCCAUAAAUUUUCUUGACACGGGCAUUAGAACUU